AAUAUUCCCUUGUUUCUUACACACCCCAGAAGAAACUUCUUUGUCUUUUACAACAGAAUUACCAUUCUUGGUUUGGUGGAUGCUCAGAAGUCAGAAACAACCAAAAACCAAGCUUGGAUUUGUCAGUGAUUCAGAAAAACAAUUAUGGAGGCUGAGAAUCUGUCAGUGACCGUUGGAUCAACCUGUUAUGGAGAACAAGAGGCCAAGAAGAAGAAAUUCAAGAAGUUGAGAUCAAUCAAGCUCUCCAAAUCACCAACCUUGAAACCAUCCACAAGAUCAAGACCAAAAUCCCGUUUCAGAAACAUUGUCGUUGACAUCUCCAGUGAAGCAGAAAACUCACCAUAUUCAUCUUCAUCAUCUCAAUUCUCAAGCCUUAACUUUGAUGCAAAAACAGAUAUUUCCAAGAAAUUAGCAAGACCUUUAACAAGACGGUCUAGUUUUAAGGGAGUGAAGAGUUUGACAAGAAUGUCUAGCAAGAGAUUGAGAAAGCCACUGAUGAGGAAAUUCUCUGGAGGAAAAGAGUUUGGUCAAAUGGAGUAUUCUAGAUCAACUAGGCUUGUGAAUUCUAAGUCAGACCCUGAUCAGUUUUCCGUCGUUUCGACCCCGAAUUCUUCCAAGUCCAAUGCUAGGAAGAUGCAGAUUCAGGCAAGUCCUGGCACUUCUGAAAAUGGUUUUAGUAGUAGUAGUGAUAGGACAAAAGGGAGAUCAGUUUUUUCAAAGCCAAACUCAACAACAUCUCCUGGUCAGAAAUCCGCAAGGACUUUGACAAGGAAAGCUAGUUUGAAGCCUUUGAGGACAUCAACUAAAUCCAAGAGAGGUUCCAUGAAAAUCCACUCCGAAAUCUCUCAGAUUUCUGACUCCGGCGUCGAAAGAGCGACAUGUUCUUCGACUCUUAAGGACUCGAAGUUCGCUGACUCGCUGCAGCUUCAUGAAGGAGGGAGUGAAUCAGAAGGGAUUUCUGCAUUGAAGGUUUGUCCAUUCAGUUAUUGCUCUCUUCAUGGACAUCGUCACGCCAGUGCGCCGCCUUUGAAGCGUUUGAUAUCGAUUAGAAGGCGUAUGAGGCAGGAAAAUCGACCUGUUCGUAGAGAGAGAUGUUUUGCUAAGGCUAAGAAAGGAAUUCAGAAAAAUCUUGUGGAAGAGCUUGAUAAGGACUUUUCCUUAGAGAUCAAUGCUGGACCAGAAACCGAGUCAAAUGGAUUCAGCAACUAUGAUGAAGAAGACGUGAAGUACAGCAAGCAUUUAAGUCUUUCCGAGACCCUGGUUGGUGAAAAACCAGAUUCUGAAUCAAAUGAUAAAGAGCAAGAUUCUGUUGCAUCAAAACAAGAAGAUGGAGACGCUGAUUCUGUUCUCAAUGGUUCCGAAUUAGCUGAUGAACUGGCAAGGACUAGCCCGGAUGAAUAUGUUGAAACAACAAGCAAUAUUGAGGCCUCUUUUGCAUCUCAAAACGAGCUAGGGAAUGGACAAGAAGUUAACAAUAAAGAACAGAAGGAAAAUUUGGAGCCAGAUCAUGCCUUCUUUCUGUUCCCUCCUCGAGAUUCGGAGCCUGGAAGUACCAACAAUGCAGCACAAAGAAUGCAGCUGAAGGAUCAGAAAUAUGUACGGAUGUGGCGGUUGAUGUACAAGCAUGCGGUAAAAGGAGUCGCUGGAGAAGUCGAAAACCAGCCCCCUCUUGAGGGAGUGGCCAAGACAGAACAAGUUGGAGAUGCCCAAAUCCUAGUUGAAUCAUCCCAGACUAUUCAAGGUUCAUCUGAAAUGGAUCAAGAUAUGCCAAUCAGAUCCUACCAGAAUGAUGCUGUUAAGCUGGUACAAGAAGCAUUUGAUCAAAUCCUUCUCCCCGAAAUUCAGGAACUCUCAUCUGACGAUCGAUCAAUUACAAGUGGCAUCAGUUCAGACCACGAAAUCUCUGCACAAGUUCAAGUUGACGACAAGGAAAGAACAGUUGGAGCUGAGAACACAGGCAGUUUGAAAGAAGAGAAAACAUCAUCAAAGGCAGGGGACAAACCAGACCAGAAAGCUUCUAAGAGCUGGAGUAAUCUGAAGAAGAUCAUUGUCUUCAAGAGAUUUGUCAAAGCACUGGAAAAGAUGAAGAAAAUUAAUAGAGGGAUGCCGAGGUUUCUACCUUUGCAGCCCGAGCCUGAAGCGGAAAAGGUUAAACUGAGGCGCCAAACAUCAGAAGAGCGAAAGAAUGCAGACGAAUGGAUGCUUGAUUUUGCACUUCAGAAGGUUAUUUCUAAACUUGACCCUGCUCAACAAAGAAAAGUAGCAAUGCUGGUAAAAGCUUUUGAAACAGUUCUUCCGCUGCCGGACCAUAAAUCAAGCCUAAAGCUGAAUGUAGAUCAAGUUAAAGCCUGCAAUAGUGUGCUAGUCCAGACUGGUGAGAAAACAGGUAAAGAAACUGAUGAAGGAAACUGUGCUGAAGUUUCGGUGGGGGAAACAUCACCUAACGCCAAAAGUGGAAAGGACUAUAUGGACCAAGUUAGUGACUUUGUCAAGGAAGAUCCAGAAGACGAAGUGGAGUUUCUGAAGAUCGAAGAAAGCAAAGUCAUUCUCCCGAGUGAUCAACCCGAUUCCUUAAGUACUUGUUUAGAUGAAAUAGUUCCUCACAGAUCAUUUGGUGAGCUGAAUGAUGAUGACACUAAGAGCACCUGUGAUGAAGUUUUGCAUAAUGGCAGUGCUCAAGAGGUCGAAAAGAAACUUGACAUGAGCAUGACUUUGGAACCUGGCAAUGCUGGUGAUGAAUUAUGUGAUACCAAGGAUAUAGGCAAUGCAGAUAGUGAACAACUUGAUACAUCAAGAAACCAGUCCCCAGUUGAUGAUGCAGAAUCAAUCACAGAAAAAGAUGCGCCUGAAUCCAAGCUCGCACAAGGAUCUCCUCCAAGUGAAGAAUCGGAGUCUGAUGUAACACAAGACGCUCAGUUCGAGAAACAAUCAUACAUCCGACUUUGGGGCUUUGUGUAUAAGCACAUGAUGACAGGUAUGAAUGCAAAAGAGGGAACAAAUUUACAAGAUGACGCGGACGGGGAAGCAGCGGACGACACCACGACGAUGUCAACAACAGACAUUCCUGAAAAGGAUGAGGAUACAAUGAAGAAAGAUGAAGCUGCAGAUGACCAAAAGGCUGCCCUCGGACGUUUCGAAGCUAUAAAGUUAAUAGAAAAGGCUAUUGAUGAAAUCCUACUUCCCGAGAAUCAGGAUAACUCAACUGGGGGUCACUUGAUACCAGAUGAAAAACGCCAAGGAAUUCAACUUGAAGGAGAACCAUUCAACUCAGAUUCCGCCAACUCUUCGAAUGAAAGCGACGGAGAGUCCAGCAAGAAAGAAGGAGAGGAUUGUAGAAAUCCGGAAUAUUCAACUGAUACAACCCUUCAAGAAGAACGAAAGAUUUCGGUUGACAAGCAAAUACCAAGGAGCUGGAGCAACCUGAAGAAAAUGAUUCUGCUUAAAAGAUUCAUCAAAGCAUUGGAGAGUGCGAGGAAAUUCAACCCCAGAGGCCCGAGAUUUUUGCCCUUGGAAGCUGACCCGGAAGCAGAAAAGGUCAACCUAAAGCAUCUGGCAAUGGAUGAGAAGAGAAGUGCUGAAGAAUGGAUGCUUGAUUAUGCACUUCAACAGGCAGUUACCCAACUAACUCCGGCGCGAAAAAGGAAAGUGAAGCUGCUUGUAGAGGCUUUUGAGACUGUCACUCCAACUAUUAGAAGCUGAACCUGAACAAAAAAAUGCAUCAGCUUUGAAUCAUGGAAAAACACAAAAAACCAACAACUUAAUGAUUAAGGUAAGACCAAAAAUUCUUUGAUAUAUUCCUUUUCUCUUUUUUCGAAAGAAAAGUUCCUUAUGCUCUAAGCCAUAAUUUAAAUAACAAAACUGGUUUAAUCUAAGUUCUCCAUAUUUGCUAAAUGUGUUGGUGUAAGGCAAGGAGAAGCGGCCAUGUGAUGAGAUCAUCAGGAUCACUUUUUAGCAGAUGUAUAAUAUAAAACCAGCAGCAAUGAGAUUCUUAAAUCUUAGGAGUGAUAAGUUUUGUUUUUUUCUCUGAUGUUUUCUGAACCUAUUAAAGCCAUCAGAUUGAUUGUGAAGAAAAUAAAGCAUACAUUUUUCUUUUAGUUGUAAAAGUU